AUGCCGCUCAACCGCAAACGCCCCUCGCCUCUCCCCUCCCUCGCACCCCCCUCCUCCAUCUACUCCCAGCCGGACCCGAGCACUGUCUCGGUCCCAGUCUCUCACCUCCCCAACGACACAGCAGGCGCCGCCGGCGGCCCCUCCGCCCGCCGCCCGACCUCCUCCGCCUUUUUCCACCCCCUUUCCACAUCAGCUAACCCGAGCCACCCCUCCCUCAACCCCUUCGCCGGCUACUACCAGCAGCAGCAGCCGGAUCAAGCCGACGCGCUAGGCGGCUACGACGGCGCGUACGACCGCGCCGGCGCCGGUCCUGCCCCUAUUAACCUCCACCCUCCCCCUGGCAGCAACUGGUUCAAAAGCAAGACCAGCAAGACCAGCAGCAGCAGCAGCGGUAAGUCGCACAGCAGCAGCAGCAGCAAGUCAAGCAGCAGCAGCGGAAGCAGCAGCAAGCGCAAGCCGCAGCGGCACGACGUGCUCAAGGUGGACGCGAGCUCGCUCUCGCUGGCCGCGCGGAUGGGCAUCUACCUGAUGGGGACGACGCCGGAGAAGCUGGAGCGGGCGGCGCGGCGGCAGGCGGAGAAGCGGCGGGCGGCGAGGCGGGAGGCGCGGAGGGAGCGGAGGGAGAGGGAGCGGGUGGUCGGGGGGAAAGAGAAGAAGAAGAAGGAGAAGGAGGACUGGGAGAGCAAGAGUGGGGUGAUUGAGGAGGAGGAGGAGGAGGAGGAUAGCGGGGACGAUGACCUCGACCCCGCGCCUGAGGGUGCUGAGCAUGAGGAGGAGAAGGUCGGUGCCGUGGAGGGCACUGAGGGGCCUCGUGUGUGA